UCUGAUGGCCUUAGUCUCUUGAAGAGCAUUCCCAGAUCCGGAACUCUUUCCCAAGGCUAAAAGAGAGCCAUGGAAGACGAAUCUCAAUCAAGACCGGAGAGUGCCAAAUCCAGGUCCCAAUCUAGGGUUGGGAGUGCCCAAUCCAGGGUUUCCAGCGCCCAAUCCAGGGUUGCCAGCGCGAAAUCCAGGGUUUCCAGCGCGAAAUCCGAAGGAGCAGGAAGUCGGGCAGCUAGUGCAAAAUCCAGAGCCUCGAUUGCUGGUUCUAUUCUGGCCAGUCGACCUGCUAGCGCUAAAUCGGCCGCACUUUCGAGGCAAGGUAGUGCCCGAUCUCACAAAUCUGUGGCAUGGAGUACCGUGGAUGAUGAGCAGAACCUCUUGGAGGAUGAGCCCUCCAAGAAGCAAGGGGCCCUCACCCAGAUCAUCUCGGGCAUGUGGGCCUCUCGGGAGAUGUUGGUGGACAACCACGAUCCGCAACUGUACGUCAAGAUCACUCUCCGAGAGUUGAUCACCUACUCUAUCUUCAUGGUGGUGAUCUGCUAUGGCACGUUUGUCCAAUACUCUCCGACUUAUUACACCUACACGUCCAUGAUGAAAAGUCUCUUUACCAAACAAUUGGACGUGACAAAUAUGCAAUUGUUUUGGAGGUUUUUGGAAGAGGAUUUGGUGGACGGUAUCUAUUGGGAGACUUGGUACAACAAAGGCCAACGCAAUACCCAGAUCCGUUGCCCCACGGGCGAGCCAGCCAAGCAGCCUUGUGUGGUCCCACCCGCUGACCGGAAUAUUAUGUACGAGAACCGAGUUCUUGGACUACCUAGAUUGCGACAAUUGAAGGUGACCAAUGAUUCGUGUAACAUCCAGGAGGACUUUCAAAAGGCCAUCAAGGUCUGCUAUGCGCCCUAUUCAUCCUCUUCUGAGGAUAGCAGGCCUUUCUUUCCGGAUUUUCGAAACUUCUCAGAUGAAUCAGCAUGGGUGUACCACACGGAGGAAGCCUUGGAAGGAACGCCUCAUUGGGGCCAACUGACCACCUAUUCUGGAGCAGGCUAUUACCAGAAUCUCCACUACUUGAAGAACGACUCCACUAACAUUAUCAGGGAGCUCAAAGAGGGCCUUUGGAUCACUCAAGGAACUCGAUUUGUCACCAUUGACUUCACUGUUUAUAAUGUAAACAUCAAUCUCUUCUGUGUGGCCAAGCUGACCUUCGAGUUCCCCGCUACUGGAGGCGUGAUCCCAGAACAGGAUUUCACGGCGGUGAAGCUCUUGAAAUACACCGAGAGCUCUGAUUAUGUCCUAAUGGCCUGUGAGAUCAUCUUUGUUAUCUUUAUUGUGUACUACAUCAUCGAAGAGAGCUUGGAGAUCAAGCGAAAGAAGUUUCGAUAUUUCUUCAACUUUUGGAACAUCCUGGAUCUGAUCGUCAUUGGGAUCUCGGGUGCCCAAAUCUUCUACAAUAUCUACCUCAUCUUCAGCGUGGAUGGCGUCCUGGAGCAACUUCUGAAGAAGCCUUUCAAGUUUGCGGAUUUCUCGUUCUUGGCCUCAAAUGCUCGGACUCUCACGGUUCUCUCCGCUUUGAAUGUGUUUGUGGCUUGGAUCAAGGUCUUUAAAUAUCUGUCCUUCAAUAAGACCAUGACCCAACUCUCGGGAACACUUGGAGCCGCGGCUAAAGAUCUGUCUGGGUUUUCUGUGAUGUUCUUCAUCAUCUUCUCGGCCUUUGUUCAAUUGGGAUACUUGCUCUUUGGAACACAGGUUCGAGAUUUCCGAAGCUUCAUCGAUUCGGUUUUCACGUUAUUCAGAAUGAUCCUCGGGGACUUCAAUUUCCGUGAUAUUGAAAAGGCCAACGCCUUUUUAGGACCGGUCUACUUCUUGUCGUACAUCUUUUUCGUCUUCUUUGUCCUCUUGAACAUGUUCCUGGCCAUCAUCAACGAUACCUAUGGAGAGGUGAAGGCUGAUCUGAAGACCAAGAAACCGGAUUUCCAAAUGAGCGACUUCUUCAAGACGGGUGUGAACAAUGUCAAAGGCUAUUUGGGAAUUCACGACAGGGCUAUUGAUGUGGAGAAUGCUAUCAAGCUUGCCGCGGCCGAUGAUGGUUUCGUAACCUAUGAAGGCCUCAGAGAGAACCUACGAAAGGCCAGGUUUUCGGAUGUCGAGAUUGAUCUCUUCUUCCACCAAUUCCAGAGUGACCCGAUGCUGUCGCAAAUCAUCCUGGACGAGGAGGAGGUCCGAGCAAAGCAAGAAGAACGAGAGAAACGACGAUUGAGUCGAAUAAGUGGGAUUUUUGACUCCGAUGACGAUGAUUUGGGAUUCGAAUCCGACGAAGAAAUUCAAGCUCCAAGAAGUGGAAGAGAGGCUCGACGCGCUCGAUCUGCUCGAAUUCGUUCAAACCUUGAGGAUCAAUCCGUGCCAGAUAAUGAAUUCUACCAGCUGGUUGGCCGAGUUGAUCGCAUGGAAAGCUCAAUCGCUCCUCUAGCGAGCAAGAUUGACAUCGUGAUGGCCAGAUUUGGGGCAUCCAAUCCGGCGGAAAAGAAGCUGAAAAAAGCAGACAUGGAGCGCAUGUUUGAUCAGAUACUUCAAAGUGAUAAUGUGGUCGCUGCGGCUGCAAAGUACUUGGACUAACUUGUAGAUUCUAGAGCGUGUUGAAAUAACUCACUUAAGAUUGCUAAACUCCUUUCUCACCUGAUUUGUAUCACAACUCACGAUGAUGGCACUAAAUGCAACCAAAUGGAAGAGCUUGUCCACAAUCUGGAGGCUAGUCGACCCUCCAGCCAAAGUCAACGACCAAGCUCGGCAAUGCUCUUGGACCAAUAAAGAUUCUACCUACAUGUGACACAGUUAGCGCGGGAAAAGAGCCUGCAAGACCAUUGAAGAGCAAAUGUUAUUCAACAAGUUUGAGAAUGAAAUAAUUCAUAAUGCAACAGCA